AUGCAAACCAAGCAAAAGUUCACAGCUCGCGAAGUGCUGGACGCUUUCUACAAGGCAGAGCGCGAGUACAUGCAGGCUAAACCAGACGAGCGUGACUACGCUAGCAUCGCCGCUACUCUAGCUCCCAACGUUCGCAUGGAGCAGACAUCCGCUCUGCCAUAUGCCGGUGUCUACGUCGGGCCAGACGGCAUGCAAGACUGGACGCGCCGCAUGGCCGAUUACUUUGAGGUUGUGGACGUGCAAAACCCGGAGAUCUUUGAGUGCCCCGGGUCAGACAGGAUCGUGGUAUUGUCGAAUGUCCACUUUAAGGUGCGCAAGACUGGCAAGGAGAUGGAUUUCCCUUUCUGUCAGGCUAUUACCGUCGACCUUGACCAUGGUGUGAUUGUCGAACUGAGGCCCUUUCACUGGGACGUGGCGAAGGUGAAUACGGCUCUAGGAUAUGCUUAA